CUCCUCCGUGCUUCCGUACAUACUUAGGCUUGUUCUUAUCAGCCCCGACGGCUCACGCAAUAUUGUUCAUCAGUUCACGUCAGAAAAGUAUUGUUCCUUGGGCCUUUUUGCCCUUACACUUGACACAGUGUCUGGGUGAUGUUGACGGAAGGAAUGAUUUGGUGGGAUUUGGGACAGCUAUCGGGUACCUAACAGGAAAAAGAUGGGCUUUGAGAUUAUAAGAAGGACGUUGGACCACAGCCUGACUAGGGUCCGCUUCUUUUCCCUUUCUUCCCUCCUUUUCCGGGUCUUUUUUUGGCGGAUAACCGUCUAGGUUUCCCCAUACCAUUCCUUUACUUUCCCCCGGAAUUCUAAAGCAAGAUGUCGACCGGUACUAGCCCAACUAGUUCUACUUUCCUUCGUCCAAACACAGGUUCCAGCUCGACUUCGAUGAAACCCAGUCCAUUAUCGAACUCUAUCGCAGCGAGCAACGCAGAAGCAUCAGGCUCGACCUCAAGACAAGACAAUGAAAUUCCGAACGUGGAAAACCAUACUUCAAUGACCAUCCACCCACCCGACUACGAUGCCUUUGAUGCUCUAUUGCACUCUGUUUAUCUUCAUACACAAAGUUCCAACUGGUUCGACACCAGUGCUGUCGGUGGAACUGGCGUUUGUAUUCGAGUCCCCGGUGACGGUCAAUCCCAGGCACAUUAUCGUGUCUUCCCAUACAAUGACACUACACUUCUACCUUUUCACGAGAAUGUGUCGAAAAUGGGAUCCGGAGUGGUCAUAGCAGUGAAGGUCAGAGGUGCUAGUGUGCAUGCGGUCGUUUCUCGAGUUCGGGACAUGGAAGCUGAGAAUGGGGUCGCGAUUACAUCGAUCCCCCUCACUCCAGAUACAUGUAUCCAGAUUCUGCCCUCCCUUGCCAACCUACCGAACGAUGCUGAGAGAGACCAACGCGCGGCGUUCAUCAUGGAGGAUGCAAGUCUGGUGAUGUGGAGUAGCAAGGAGGGUGUGGAAGAUAUCAUUGACCUCAAGAAUGAUUUGGACGAGAAGUUGAUCAAAUACGUUUGGCGUACGCGCGGUAAACCGAAACGCACCGGGGGUGUGCAACCACCCGUUUCGGUGUAUCUGCCUAAUGGUCUUGACUCCAGUCCUCGAUCGAACCCAGACUCCAGGGCGACCUCCAUUGUCGACUUCUCUGACCGCGUACAACACACUCCACCGCCAGAGUACCUUCCAUCUGCACCAUUUGGAAUGGAAGGUGUUGAUCGGAGUGCUGCUGAGGACUGGAUUUAUGGAGAGAAACCUGAGGUUGCUCUCAAUCUGGCUACGGCAACCGAGACCAAAGAGACUGCUCCCCCCGACGCUACCGUGCCCCCUCCUCCGAAAAAGAAGGCAGGCUUCUUUGGAUGGUGGAGACUGAACAAGGAAGACAGGGCGAAGGAGGGAGAUAAGAAAGAAAAGCGCAAGCACGUUCUCUUGGGCCCCCUCUAUGCCGGUAUUGGCGCAGGUCUAUCUCUGUACUUCGUAACUGCCGGUAUCGCCACUCUCAUCGAGGAAUGGGCACUUGAUGGUGAUGCAUCGCGUUUUGCACUCGUCGUGGUCCUCCCCAUUAUAUUUUGCGUGUCCUUGUUCUUCUGCCUUCAACUCAUCGGAAAUAUUUCCCUCAUCUUUGGACCCGUUUCCCAGUACCACGAGAAUAGUGUGUAUUACUCUGCUGUCAAACCAGCUCCUAAUCCAGAAGUCGAUCGAAACCUGCCACAUAUCACCAUUCAACUUCCCGUCUACAAGGAGUCACUUGAGCUCACUAUAGGUCCCUCCAUCAUGAGUAUCAAGCAGGCUAUGCAGACAUACGCCAGACAAGGCGGAAGCUCUGCUAUUUUUGUUUGCGAUGAUGGUCUCCAGCUCCUCUCUGAAGCUGAUCGUCAAGAGCGGACCGAGUUCUACGCCACUCAUAACAUUGGAUGGGUGGCACGGCCCAAACAUGAUGGGAAGGAAGGCGGAUUCAAACGUCCAGGCAAAUUCAAGAAGGCUUCGAACAUGAACUACGCAUUGACGCUAUCCAUGAAACUGGAAAGACAUCUUGCAAAGCUCAUUGAGGAACGAGAAGAACGUCUUCGUAACGCUGAGGACGUGGAAGGUGUGCGGGAUGAAUCAGAUGAGGAUGGGGAAUGUUUGGAAGAUAAGGCGAUGAAUUUGGCGAUUGAGGAGGUGUACGAGGAGAAUGGUAAACGCUGGAAAGCUUGGGCUUGCAACGGCAAAUCCCUUCGGAUAGGAGAAAUAAUCCUCAUCAUCGACGCUGAUACUAUCGUACCUGAGGAUUGUUUCCGCGACGCUGCGAGGGAGAUGGCGGCAAGUGAGGAGCUUGCGAUUAUCCAACACGAGAGUGACGUCAUGCAAGUCGCCCACCACUACUUCGAGAACGGCAUCACCCACUUUACGAGAAGGAUCAAUAAAUGUAUCUCGUAUGGGUGUGCGAACGGCGAGGUCGCGCCAUUCGUUGGCCAUAAUGCUUUCCUCCGAUGGAGCGCGGUCCAGGAUGCUUCAUUCAUUGAUGAAAACGAUGUCAACUACAUUGGGAGUUGUGCAUUGAUGAAGGAGCAAGCGGAUCCAUCCACUUUCGAACCACCUCCUCCAGAACGGAAGAUGUGGUCCGAGUCUAACGUCUCGGAGGACUUCGAUCUUGCUCUUCGUCUGUUGCUCAAAGGUUAUACGCUACGAUGGGCCACCUACUCAAAUGGAGGCUUCAAAGAGGGUGUCAGUUUGACGAUCGUCGACGAGCUAGCGCGCUGGCAAAAAUACGCAUAUGGUUGCGACGAAAUUAUCUUCAACCCUCUCAUCCACUGGUGGAGAAAGGGACCGAUCAGCAAGCAGCUCAGUGGGUUCAUGAUGAGCAAAGCUCCGGUACAUUAUAAGAUCGGGAUGUCGAGUUACAUGUUCUCCUACUAUGGUAUCGCAGCGGCAACUGUAGGAUCUGUCCUGAACUACCUUCUGCUGGGGCUCGCGCCUAACCUCGACCGGUUCUACUUGAAGAGCUUUGAGAUCCUUUUGGCUUGUGUUGUUGUCUUCCCGGGUAUUGGAAAUCUAGGUUUCACGCUUUUGGAGUAUCGUCUGGGCCACCGUAGUGUUGGGGGUGCCGCUUGGGAGAACCUCAGAUGGCUUCCGUUUUUCGUGUUCUUCUUUGGAGGACUCAGCAUCCACCUUUCAACGGCUAUUCUGGCCCAUCUUUUCUCCUAUGAUAUGACCUGGGGCUCAACGGGUAAAGAGGUUGAAAAAUCCACGUUCUGGAUUGAAGUACCACGGAUCAUCAAGAACUUUAAACUCCCAUUCGUGAUCUGCUUCCUCGUCAUAUUCAUGAUGAUCAUUUUCACUACGAACGCGAUACCCUUUGAGUGGCAGAUCGCAGGAUGGAAUUGGGCGUUGAUCAUUCCCUUGAGUCUGAACAUAGGAUGUCAUAUUGGUCUUCCCAUUGUCUUGAACCCCUGGUUGAUGAAAUUCUCGUACUGAACGAUGACACGGAUACGCCUCUCAAGAUGCGCUCGAGGAUCCAACCGUUUGACCGACAUUGGAUUGAUGGUUCUCUUCUUCCCUUUUCCUUAGUGUGUUUUCAUUCGCAUGGCUUUCAAAGCAAAAUAAUUACUUUUUUUAAACAUAUUAAUCCCACAAAAGCCUUUCCGAUUCUGUUACUCUCAACUUUGAUUUUUAUUUGUGUCUUGGACGCUCGGGACUUUGUUUCGAAUCAUCUCUGUCUCUACUCGGGCUUGAACUCUUUCUUGGACUUUGUAGCGUUGCACGAAAAACUUUCUCGCUCAACUCACCUGCAAUUCUUCAUUUACCGCACGCUAUAACAAAAAGUUGUACUUAUUUAAAUUACAUUGACUUUCUGUAUUUAUACACUAUAGAACUAAUACUUGUAAUAAACUGUCGUUUCUCGAAUCA